CAACCCGGGGCAACCUACCCGCUUUCAUCUUGGAGCUCUGUCUUUCCGUGUUUCGUGUUUCGUGGGGCUUACAGUCUAAUGUGCCAGCCUAUCGCUGACUCCCGUCUUCCCCUUCUUAAACAUACCUAGCUUGAGCUUUGGGUUGAGUGAUCGCAAGCAUCGAUAACUCUCCUUUUAUGGCAUCAUUCAUCAUGUCGCCGUCGGGGUUUCGACGCGCGGCCCUCGGUGCGCUGUCGCUGUCGCUAUCAUGUCUUGUCGUCGCUCAAAAUAACUAUACCCAAAUAGAUAUGAUGCGGGCGCAGUUGGCUCUCCUCGACGGUCGGCCAAGUGAUUGUCCACCAUGCUUUAACUGUCUUCUUCCAGCCUACGAGUGUGGUCAAUAUUCCGAAUGCAACGAAUACAACGGGAAAUGCGAAUGCCCUGCAGGUUUUGGGGGUGACGAUUGUUUCGAACCGACUUGCGGUUCGCUCGCUCGAGGUAAAGAUCGACCGAUAAGAUCAGGUGAUACUUGUGAAUGUGACGAAGGUUGGACUGGAAUCAACUGUAACGUCUGCACUCAGAAUAACGCUUGUGAUGCUCUUAUGGAAACCGGCAGUGGUGGUGUCUGUUACCAGAAUGGCGAGGUUGUACAGACUAACCAUCAGAUGUGCGGCGUUACGAACGAAAAGAUCCUUACUAUGCUCGAUGGCAAGAUUCCUGAGGCCACCUUCACUUGCGAGAAAGAAAAGGGCAUCUGUGACUUCCAAUUUUGGAUUGACAGACUCGAAUCCUUCUAUUGCCACCUCGAAAGCUGUGAAUCUAGCGCAGACUUUACCUCGGACCAGAACAGUACCUAUUACAAGUGCCCCGAUGUUAAGUGUAACUGUAUCAAGGAUCGUAUGUUAUGUGGAGCUGAAGGUUCUAUCGACUUGACGGAUUUUCUUCACGAAGAGGUUCACGGGCCUGCCACCUUCAGCUGCCUACAAGAGAAUGGCGGUAUCAAUAAUUGCAAAUUUAAGGAGCCGUCGUUAGACUGGAUGGUGGGUAAUUUCUUCGGCGAUGAGAGUAUCGAGUUGGAUUGUCGAUCUGGCGAAUGUCUUUACCACACGCAGGUCCCCGGCUACGAACGUCCUAUUAAGAAGAUCAACACGCCUUUGAUUGCGGGUGUCAUUGCGGGAUGCUCCUUAUUCCUUGUCGCUGUCGUCUUGCUUAUCUGGUAUCUUUCUCACCGACAGUACCGAUACGGACCUAUCGCCCUCGAUGACUCCGAUGACGAAGCUAUCAAGUUGAUGACCGACCAUAAGCCGGCGACUUUACACUUUGAAAAUGUUUCUUAUGGCCUCAAUGGGAAGGUUAUUCUCAACGAUAUUAGGGGAAUUGCGCAUCCCGGGGAGAUUACGGCCAUCAUGGGUGCCUCGGGUGCGGGAAAGACGAGCUUUUUGGAUAUCUUGGCCCGCAAGAACAAGCGCGGCCAGACGUCUGGAGACUUCUAUGUUAAUGGAGAAAAAGUCACUGAUACCGAGUUCAAGAGCGUGGUAGGCUUUGUUGACCAAGAGGAUACCAUGCUUCCAACCCUGACUGUUCACGAAACGAUCUUAACGAGCGCUCUCCUUCGUCUUCCCCGUGGAAUGGGUCGCGCAGCUAAGGAACAGAGGGUUUAUGAAGUUGAGAAGCAACUCGGUAUCUAUCAUAUCCGCGACUCCCUGAUCGGAUCUGAGGAAGGCAAAGGCAGAGGUAUCUCCGGUGGUGAAAAGCGGCGUGUCGGUAUUGCUUGCGAGCUUGUUACUAGCCCCUCGAUUCUGUUCCUCGACGAACCAACCAGUGGUCUGGAUGCUUUCAACGCGUUUAAUGUCAUCGAGUGUCUUGUGACUCUAGCAAAGACAUACAAACGAACCGUCAUCUUCACCAUCCACCAGCCGCGCUCUAACAUCGUCGCCUUGUUUGAUCGCUUAAUCCUUCUUGCUCAGGGAAAGACGGUAUACUCCGGACCCUUCUCUCAGUGCCAAGACUAUUUCGACCACAUUGGGUAUUCUUGUCCUCCAGGCUUCAAUAUCGCGGACUACCUCGUUGAUCUUACGAUGCAUGCCGGCUCCUCUAGUGCAUUCGAUGAUGGGUCUAUUGUGAAUGAUGUAGCGAGCGUUGGUCCUAGUAGCAUUACCGCUGUUAAGUCCAUUGCACUUGCGUCUGGUGCUACUAGCAUCGCUGAGGAUAGUUCGGAGCCAUCGUCAAGUCGGCCCCAGAAUAAGCGCAAGGACUCGGUUAAGGCAAGGCAAGAACGCGAGCUCUUCACGAGGCGGAAGAAUACUAUCGACACUGCUGCAUCUUCUGACGUCGACGAGGAUAUUGGAUCGUAUAAGUUACGGAAACAACCCGCCGGCCUCACUUUGCCACAAGUUGUCGUCGAGGACGUCCAUGAUCUUCCACCAUCUGCGGCAACUAAUCUCGAUAGCCUUGUCCACUCAUAUGCCGAGUCUCACAUUGCGGGUAACAUUCACGACGAAAUCGAACAUGCGGUAACUACUGCUCGGGUUGCUAACGGCCAUAACGGGAACGGAACUAAUGGCGUACAUGCUAACGGUAGCGCAAUUGGUCGCGGCUACGCUCGUGUCGGUUAUUUGACACAGUUUAUCAUCCUCUCACAGAGAACGUGGAGGAACCUUUACCGCAACCCGCUUUUAAUGUUAACUCACUAUGCCAUUGCGAUAGUCCUUGCUGUUCUCUCGGGAUAUCUCUUCUACGGCCUCACUGAUGAUAUUCCCGGAUUCCAAAACCGACUCGGCCUGUUCUUUUUUCUCUUGGCUCUAUUCGGCUUCAGCACAUUGACCAGUUUGAAUGUCUUCGCUUCCGAACGCCUUCUGUUUGUCAGGGAGCGAGCAAAUGGAUACUACUCGCCUAUCACGUAUUUCCUCGCAAAGGUCCUUUUCGAUAUUAUUCCUCUUCGAAUAAUUCCUCCGAUUCUGAUGGGAGCGAUCGUAUACCCCAUGACAGGCCUUAUACCGGAUGCCCCGCAUUUCUUCACGUUUAUACUCGUGCUUGUCUUAUUUAAUAUGGCUGCCGCCGCGAUCUGCUUAUUCAUAGGCAUUGUCUGCAAAGACAGCGGCGUAGCGAACCUGAUAGGAAGCUUGGUCAUGCUUUUCUCUCUGUUGUUUGCCGGUUUACUUCUUAAUCACGACGCGAUUCCCGAUGCUGCUCUCUGGCUCCAGUCCUUGUCCAUCUUCCACUACGGCUUUGAAGCUCUCAUUGUUAAUGAGGUUAUCAAGCUUACUCUUGUAGAUAAAAAGUAUGGGCUCGAUAUUACGGUCCCUGGAGCGGCGAUCUUGAGCUCGUUUGGUUUCAACAACAGCGCGAAAUGGAUGGAUGUGGCCAACUUAGGUAUUUUCGCCGCAGUCUUUGUGGUGUUAGCCUACGGCGCUAUGCAUUUCUUGCUCGUGGAGAAGCGAUAAAAUAUGAUCAGGAUGGACCGAGGAAUGUGUAGAAUACAUUGGAACCCAUUGGAGCAUUUGAUGCACCGUUGCAUUUCAACCUAUCUGUUUGCAUAGCUCGGUUAGUACUUGAGCUGGAUUGCUCAAGGGCAUAUGGGAUACUUGGGGCGUUCGAAGGUUAGGCAUGUUCGUUAAAGUCGUCAACCAUUUUAUACUACAAUAUG